AUGAAGAUUCGCAUUGAAGAUAACGUUAUCUACUCGCCCUACCCAAACUCUGAAAUUCCGGUCUGCUCUUUCUACACACUGGCAAGACAGAGACUGCUUGUGGAUCCCGACAACAUUGCUCUGUUUAGUGAUGUCAUCAGCCUCACACGUGCUGAGAUGCUGGCGGCCAUGGAACGCUACGCCGUGGGUUUCCGGCAGCAUGGCGUGCUUUCGGGAGACCGUAUCUGCAUUCACCUGGACAAUAGCGUGGAAAAUCUGUUAGCUAUGCAUGGCUGUGUCCUAGCGGGAGCUACCAUUGUCUUGGCCAAGACGUCGCUCACCGAAGGAGAACUACGCUACCAGGCAGAAGACGGUGAUUGCACGCAUAUCAUCACUGGCGAGAAAUAUGCCGUGAAAGUCAAGGCAGUAGCUGCAAGCUUGAACAUGAAGGCCCUCUUCUGCAUGGGUCGUACCACUGGCUUCGUGAAUGCUUCCGAGUUUUCGCAGCUGGACGAGCAUGACUUCCGCGAGUGUCCCAUUGCCGACCCUCGUAGCGCCGUUCUAGCUGUGUGCUACACGUCGGGAACCACGGGGAUGCCGAAGGGCGCUGAGAUCACGCACUACAAUUACGUGGCCUGCUACUACAUGAUGAGGUUCGAGGAGCCUUGCAUACCAUGCAUGAACAUAAUCUACGAGAGGACAAUCUGCAACUGUCGUGUUCAACAACCCAGCGAGCCGAUCCAUGCGCUCAUCACGGACCUGCACAAACUGGCAGAUACUUGCGAAUACGGCGAACUCAAGGACGAGCUCAUGCGCGACCGUCUCGUUAAGGGCGUCUGGCUCAGCGAGAAGAUACAGCUGGAUCCCAAGAUGACAGUGCAGUCAGCGACGAAAAUGGCGCGGAACUUCAAAGUAGUGAAGCAGCAACAAACGAAGAUUCGCCGCAAGGCACACUCGACCGUUGCUGUCGACGAGAUCAGAAAGGGACAUGUACCAUGGGGUGAAGGAGACGUCCUUUUUGACACAAUGCCGAUUACAAAUGUGUCGGGUAUGGCUUUCGCUAUGGCAGCUUUGCUGGAUGGCACUUGUUGUGCUGUCGUGUCGGCCAAGCUGACUCCUACAGAAAUCCUGGACUCUGUCGACAAGUACAAGUCUCAGAUCCUGGAAGCAGUGUGGACGAUCUACAGCAGCAUGGAGCCACGGGACCAAGCCAGAGGACCAGCCGCCGCAGUUGUGGAUGUGCACACACGCCAAAAACUAAGUGCCCACCAGACAGGUGAGAUCUGCUACCGCGCGCUGUCUAUGGUGAGGGGCUAUUACAAACGACCAAAGGAAACUGCCGAGCUUUUCGACGAAGAAGGAUGGUGUUUGUCAGGUGACGCAGGUUACUACGAUGAUGACGGCCGCCUGUACAUCCUCGACCGCCUGAAACAGAUGAUCAAGUGCAUGGGUAAUCAGGUCGUCCCCGCAGAGUUGGAAGAGUUGCUGCUCCGACAGCAUGCGGACGAGAUCGCCGAGGUUUCUGUGGUCGGCCUUCCGCACUCCGACUACGGCGAGGCAGCUGCGGCCGCCAUCGUACUAACGGAAAAAGGCCGCAUGCAGGACCUACCGACUCUCGCCGAGAGGAUAAAGGUCACGGUUGCCAGUAACCUUGCUGUGCACAAGCAUCUGCAUGGGGGUGUUUAUUUUGUAGACUCUUUCCCGAAGACGGAGACAGCAAAAGCCGACAAACCAGCACUGGCUCGCUCUCUUCUAGGAGUUUAG